CUCGGCUUAUAUUACUCCCCUCAUUUGUUGACUUGUCAUACAAUUUCGUGAUGCAGUAAAUUUGAUUCUGUGUAUAUUUGAUAUUCUGGUCAAUUUAUUUGAUAAUGUCAGAAUCAGACGACUCCUAUGGCCCUGCAUUGCCUCCAGCUCUUUUGGCCAAAGAUGCACAAAGCAAAACUAAAGAUAGCUAUAGUAGAGGAAAAAUUGGUCCGGACAUUCCAUUAGGUGCUAAAUCAAGUUCUAAGCUAACAUCAGACUCUGAAUCAGACUCGAGUUCAACAGACAGUGAUUCAAAAUCGAAAAUGAAAAAGAAGAGAAAAAAACGAAAAGCAAGAUCAUCUUCAUCGAGUAGUGACAGUGACACAAAACAUAGUUCUAAGAAGAAGAGAAAAAAAAGUAAAUACAGCAGCAGUAGUAGUAGUAGCUCCAGUUCUAGUUCUGACUCUGACAGCUCAGGUAGUAAUGACUCAGACUAUCACUCUAAAAAGAAGAAAAAGAAAGUUCAUAAAAAUGAUGUACAAACAUCCAAUCCUAACAUUGAAAAAAGACAAAAAGGACCAUCAAUAGGGCCAGUAAUGCCAACCGGUUUCACACCAAGUGAAGCUAUGGAAGAUAUUGAGAGGAGUGAUACAGGCAGGAGAGCUAAUAUUGGCCCUGCCUUGCCCCCAGGGUUGACCGGAGCUGAUUUGGGUGGGGAUAGUGACAGUGAAGGGGACAUUGGCCCCAGUUUGGGGUUACAGGCCAGGGAAGGGGACCUCUCUGCUGCAGCUGAAUUUGAGGCCCGGUCUGAUAGGAUGAGAGAUAAGAUUAAUGAUAAGAACUCAGAUGCCGUCCCAAAGCGUGAAACUUGGAUGACUGAGCUGCCAUCAGACAUGGGCACCAAAUUUGGGCUCGGAGCCAGGCAGUUUCGCAAGGGUGAGGCUCCAGAGCAGGACUGCAGCUGGACCGACAACCCAGGGGACAAGGACAAGAAAAAGGACAAGAAGAAGAAGAAGGAAGUGUUUGUGAGUGAAGCUGACAAGAAGGCUGCCAAGGAGAUUGACAAGUACAAUAAAAAGUUUAGAGCAAAGUCCUUGUUAGAAAUGCACCAGAAAAAAAUCGAGAAAAAGAAGAAAAAAGAGAAGAAAAAAGAGAAAAGGGAGAGAAAGAAGAAUAAAGGGAAGGAGAAACCGAAGGAGCGAUUGAUGUUCGACAGAGAACGGGAUCUCAAGGUUAACGAGCUCGAUGAGGCCCAGCGGAAAUCGCUGAUUAAACGAUCACAGGAGCUCGGGUCACGGUUCAAGAGUGGAGGGACGGGCACAUCUUUUCUGUGAAAUAGGAUUAGAGACAUGCUUGUUUCUGUGAUAUUCUGUCUGAAGCCUAGCGGAAGGCACUGAUUUAGCCAUCACAGGAGCUUUGGUUUCGGUUGAAGAGCAGUGGCCCGGGCAUGUCUUUUCUAUGAAGGAAUGAUUCAUUGACAAUAUUUGGACCAAACCAAGGAUAUUUGACAUGCAUAUUUUGUUUUAUAGCAAUAAAAUGCAAUUUAAAAGAGAGCUUCGAAGACGAAACUUAUAUGUUCACAAAAGCAUGGUUCAUGUUUAAAAAGUUGAGGAUUGGACACAUCUUUCUAGAAUGAAAGUUGUGGCAGAUAGCACAUUGAUUCUGUAGAAAGUGAUUAUUAAAGCUGAUGGUUUCCCUGAG